AUGGAUAAUUGGCCGGUGUUAAACUUUAUGCAUAGACUUCAGAACCCUGUACCUCAAUUUGUAUUAGGAUGCUUACCGGCUAUAGCCAUAAUUGGUGCAUCACCUGAAAAAGGUUUCAAAAAAAAAUUCUUAUGGAUAUUACGAUGUCUUGCUUGCCCAUUUACUGGAUUAUUCUAUACACUAAUUAUAGAAAAUAAAGAAGAAUCAAUCUUUGCAUAUUGGCUCUCAUCAGAAAAAUUUAUCACAGAUAACGAUGGAAAAGUACAAAAUAUACCUUUUGGUUAUCAUUCUAAAGCAAUAUCAAAUCUUACUAAAAUGCAGAAAGAAUGCAUAAAAGAGUGCGUAGCGGAAGCUAGCAUAUUAGAAAGAGUUUCACCAUUAGUCUCUGCUUAUUAUAUAAUAGUUGGCUUGUUAUCUGGAAUAGCAAGAAUAUUUUCUCCAGGCGCAUGUACUGAUUGGCCAUAUAUUUCUGUCGUAUUAGCUUGGACAUUUGUAGUGAUCUAUAAAAGAUCACUUUGUGGAAAAAUAAUAGCAAAGAGUCCUGAAGAUAUGCUGCGAGAGUACAUAAAUAAUAAAAAACUUAUAUUAGAUGAACGAGUAUAUGUAAAAGAUCUUAAUAAAAAAGAUCUAAAACGUAAACGAACAUUGGUUAUCUUUAUUGGUUUAGUAUCAAUUAUAUUUCCUUGGUUAUCAGUACUUAUGGCUUAUAAUACUCCUCCGGUUGGAUUUUUUUGCAGAAGUCGAUAUCUUACUGUAAUAUGUUCUAUAUGGUCAUUUAAUAGUUUCAUUGCAUUGAUUUGUCAUAUAAAAGGUGAAAAAAAAGUCGAUAAUAACGAAAAUAUUAUUCACAAAAUGUAUUGUUUCUGGGGUAUUAUAAUGGGUUGUCUAUUGUUUUUUUUGGCUCUAUUAUGCAAUGAUAGAACAUGGUGGGAAAAAUUUUUUGGUGAAAUGUGCAAGUCUUCAGAUUGCAAUGAUGUAACUAGUUAA